AAGACGCAUGCGCGAGAACUCGUCUACUUCGUGCGAGAAUUGUUACUGUUCCAUUCCCAAUCCCGAUCUAGACAACGCGUGCGCGAGAAUAGUUGUCAAGUUUUUAACUGCUGAGAAGAGGUUUAGGUCGUGUAUUAUGUUUGAAAGUCGUUUGUUUCCCCUUUAGAGACGCCGAUUUCAAACAAUGAAACUCUCCCGGGCAGAAUAUCGUGUAAUAGCAAAAUAUACAGACCAACUUAAACCUACACGUCAUUGUAUGAAGAUGCUUCAGGAAAGAUUCCCCGGUUAUUUGCCCUCCACCCUGCUGAGCAUCUUCUCUCUGGAGUACCAGAAGAGAAUCAAAAGAUCCAUUUCAAAACACCACACCCCAGAGGCUUUUGAAGAGUACUAUCAAAGUUACAUGAACCAAAUGAAGAUGUGUCCUUCAUCCCAAGUCCUGUUCAGUUUGGCUAAUAAGGUAAUUUUUCUGUUUUCAUAUAUUGGCAGCAAAUUUUGCUGCAAAAAAGCUUGUAACACAUCAGUGGCUUUCAAACUGUCACCAGAUAAUUUUGAGGGGUCAAGAGAUGAUAUUCUGAGUAUGCUUGCAUUUUUAUUUUAUUUUUCCUGUUGGCACAGAAAUGAAGAUGAUGAUGAUGAUGAUGAUGUAAUUGUCAUAUUCCCUUGUGAAAUGUUUCCAUUUCAGAGCACUAUAAAUGACUGCUGUUAUGGCCCAUGGGUGGAUUCUAUCAAACAUGCCAUUGGCCACGAACAUGAGAUGCUGCUUCACAAUAAGCUGAGAGAGAAAAACCUGUCCUUUUUAGAUGAAAACCAGCUUCGAGCCAAAGGCUAUGACAAGACACCUGAUAUCAUUUUGGAGGUCCCUAUAGCUGUUGAGGGUCGGAUAGUUCACUGGAUCGAGAGCAAAGCUUCUUUUGGGGAUGAUCACAGCCACCAGAAUUACCUGAAUGAGCAGUUCUGGAGUUAUUGGAACAGGUUUGGCCCAGGAUUGGUUAUCUACUGGCAUGGCUUUAUUGAAGAGCUGGACUGCCAUCGAGACAGAGGCAUCAUGCUGAAGGACAGCUUCCCCUCUGACAUUGUGACUUUCAAUUACAGGACUGGCUGAGGCCUGAGUGCCGAAGAAAGGCAUCUGCAAGGUUCAUGAGUAGCUGCUUUUCCUUUCUUUUGAUGCAGUAGUAGCCAGUAGCUUUCCUGGCCUGUCCCAAGGUUAGGCCAGCAUUUUUAAUAUGGAAGCACAUACUUUGUUUCUGCUUAAUUAAAUUUCUAGCUCUAAGAACUGAGGAGAUGUAUCUUAUCAGACUGACUUGUUUCUCUUGGUAAAAGAUAUUUUAUAGUUUUAUGCAUUGUAGGUAUUUUCAUGUGGUACUUUUUUGCCUUCUCUAGUGUAAAACAUUAGCAGUUCAAUGCUUCAGCUUUCAUGCUCCUUUAAUGAAAAUGACAAAAUAAAAUCUUGCACAAUCA